AUGCCACUCGCAACGAUCCACCUCGUCUCUCUCACCCCUUCAACUUCCUUGGUUGAUUUCCUCGGCUCCGUCAAAUCCUCCCCCCUCACGCCACUGGUGAUCUCGAAGGUGGUCCGCUGGAUCAUCACGCCCACAAAGAUCGACGCCGGAGCAUUGCUUCGCCCACUGAAGCCGUGGGACAUCUUGCUCAUCGUGCUCGGAACUGAUCCCCUUCCUUCGUCUCUGAAGGAGAAGAUAGCUUGUCAGUGGAGCUGCUCGACCGGAAUCCCCAGCCGUUUGACGAACGACUUCCCGUCGAGAAACGACAAGCUCCUGCAUCCGUCCGCGUCGGAUGUUCCACCGUUGACAGGCUCUUUGGACAAACCACGACUGGGGGCCACAUCGCAGACCCUCGAGCUCAGCGCGGACCUGCAGUCGUGGAUCCAACAGUUCUCGCGCACCAACGCGGGCCAGUCGCCCCUGUCCAUGCUCAACCUGCUGGCCUUCAAGCCGGGCAUGAAGCCGUCGUACCUGACGUAUGGUGCGGCCUUUGCCGAGUCCAUAGGCUCCCGCCGCGGCGGCAACGCCAAGCUGGUCGGCAACAUCACGCACCAGAACCCGCCAGGACAGUCGGGCGGCAAGUGGGACGAAUUCGCCCUUGCAAGCUAUCCCUCGAUCAUGCAUUUCGCCGACAUGUUGGCCUCGGAAGACUACCAGGCCGUGAACAUGAAGUACCGCGUCCCGGCGUUGGAGGAUACGUGCAUCCUGUGUACGAGUGAGAUUGAGAUUGAGGAUCUCGUUCGGGGACAGGCAAAGCUGGGGAUCGGAAAGAGGGCCAUGGGCGGGAAGUUGUGA